AUGGGAGCUGUCCCUGAUAGUGACCUCGCUGGAAUAGCUCCAGCGCCAAUACUUGGAGGUAUUGAUCCUGGUGGUAUAGUGUGCAUAGUUAAUUGUGAUAUCGCUACGGUUGGCCCAGACCUCUGCAGCUUUUGUACCUCGCAAAACACCGCAUCGUGCAACAGAAACUCCUUCCCCCCUUGUGCCUGCAACGACGGUUUCACUGGUGACUUUUGUGAAAACACUUGCGGUUCCUGGAAAUACGGAUCAGGAUGUGGAAGUGAUUGCACAUGCGUACAAGCCAAUACUGCAUCAUGUGACAAUAUAAACGGAGCCUGUACCUGUAAUUCAGGUUUUGAAGGAUCUAAUUGUGAAAUUUCAUGCCCUGCCUGGAGAUAUGGAUCUGGUUGCAACAAUGAUUGCACAUGUAACCAGGCCUCCACGGCGUCUUGUAGUGUCGUGGAUGGUACAUGUACAUGUUUCGCUGGUUACUCAGGGACAAACUGUGAAUCUGCAUGUAGUGCUUGGAAAUACGGAUCUGGUUGCGGAAAUGAUUGUACAUGUAACCAGGCCAACACAGUGUCCUGUAGCAGCGUUAACGGAGAAUGCACGUGCAGCCCAGGGUUUAUCGAUAAUAACUGUAAUUCCGCAUGCACUUCCUGGAAAUAUGGGGACGGUUGCGGAAAUGACUGUACAUGUGUACAGGCCAAUACGGCAACCUGUAAUAAUGUAAAUGGAGUGUGUACCUGUAAUCCGGGAUAUUCUGGGGCAAACUGUGAAACUGCGUGCAGCGCCUGGAAGUACGGAUCUGGUUGCGGAAGUGAUUGCACUUGUCAGCAGGCCAAUACGGCGUCCUGUAGUAGCGUCGAUGGUGCCUGUACAUGUAAUCCGGGUUACUCUGGUACAAACUGUGAGUCUGUAUGUAGUGCAUGGAAAUACGGUGCAGGUUGCGGAAGUGAUUGUGCAUGUGUGCAAGCGAAUUCAGCUUCCUGUGACAACGUAAACGGAUCAUGUGCCUGUAAGCCUGGGUACCUUGGUACUAACUGUGAUACUGCAUGUUCUAAUUAUACCUAUGGCACGGGUUGCAACGAGAGCUGUUUAUGUGUUCCAAACAACACUCUCACGUGCAGUAACGUGGACGGAAGUUGCAUAUGUGCUGCAGACUACACAGGGACGACCUGCAACGAAUAUGUAAUGGCGAUCCCGCGUCUUGGUGAUAGUCAGAAAUCGACACUAGAUCGAAAGGAAACAUAA